AUGUCUAAAAGACUUUCAUCUUCUGUAGGUAAUAUCCAAGGUCCAUAUGCGGACGAGGUAUUGGUGUGCCAAUAUAUGCACUUGACCAAUGCCCAAGGCUGUCUAUGGUUUGGGGGAGAUCCAUUUAAUUUUAGUUUACCAGUUCUAUUGUCACAGUUAGUUGUAAUUACAACUGUUGCUAGUAUAACUUGGUUAAUUCUCAAACCUCUUAAACAGAGUAUGACUGGUAUCAUUUUGGGUCGAUCCUUUUUGGGGCACGUUCAAGUUUAUUCUGAGAAGUUAUUUCCUCCAGAAGGAAGAUUGAGAGCAGGAAACAACGCUGUAGUAAUUGGUGCUACGUGCUUUUUUUUGCCUUUAGCAAUUGGGCUUUUGGCCAUUCUCGUUGUACCUCAUUUUGUGAUAUUAGAAGAGUCAGCCGAAACUUCUCUACCUCUUGUUGCAACGGUAAAUGCAAUAACUUCAUUUCCUGUAAUAACAAGUCUCCUCAGUGACCUUAACAUUCUUAAUUCCGAGAUCGGAAGGAUUGCUACUUUGGCAUCCUUAGUUAGUGACGUGUGCCACUACUUGGUGUCUGUGGUUAUUGGUUCAGUGGGUUUGACGUUAACUUCUGAAGUUAGCGUCUUCUGGUCCAUUAUAUGGGGUCCUUGCUUUCUGAUCGUCAUUGUAUUUGCGCUUCGUCCCACAAUUUUACACCUAGCUAAGCAUAUACCAGAAGGACAACAAAUGAAAGAGAUCCAAUUCAUAGUCAUUGUUGUAAUAGUCUUGAUAUGUGGAUUUCUUGCUCAGAGUCUUGGCCAGCCUGCUGCACUAGGAACUUUUAUUUUGGGCAUGGCUAUACCAGAUGGACCACCUUUGGGAUCUGCUCUGGUGUAUAAGCUCGAAAUAAUAAAUUCUGGAUUGCUUGUUCCAGCCAAGUUUGCACUCAGUGGUUUAACUAUGGACUUAUUCUCAGUCAAAAAAGGAAGCGCUGGAGCUGUAUUUGGGGUUCUUAUCUUCUUUGGUUAUGCAGGAAAGUUCACAGGCACCUUAAUUCCUGCACUUUACUACAGAAUUCCCUUGAGGGAUGCUGUUUCUCUUUCUCUCAUAAUGUGUUGCAGAGGUAUCAUUGAAGCUGUUAUGUACAUUACAAUGCAAGAGGAUGGGAUCAUAGACAGUGAAGCAUAUGCCCUUCUGUUGAUCUCAAUGCUGAUCGUAACAGGAAUUGCAAGACCUUUGAUAUUUCACCUCUACGACCCAUCAGCAAGGUAUUUUCGUCAUCAAAAAAGUAGCAUUCUAUGCUCGGAUCCUUUUGGUGAGCUCCGGAUGCUCGUCUGCAUUCACAAUGAAGAAAAUGUCCCGACUCUUAUAAGUGUCCUUGAAGCCUCGACCCCCCAGAGAAAGAGGCCUAUUGCUGUUUUCGUCCUGAAUCUAACUGAGCUUAAAGGCAGAGCAGCGGCCGUGCUUGAGCCUACUAUUGGUAAAGGCAAAAAGCUCACUACCUCUAGAAGCUGGUCAGAACAAAUUGCCAAUGCUUUCAACUUGUUCGCACAGCGCAAUCACGGAUGUGUGUUUGUUCGGUACUUCACCUCAAUUGCUCCAUACGCCAGCAUGCAUGAUGAUAUUUGCACAAUCUCACUAGAACAAAACACGAAUAUUGUAAUUGUGCCUUUUCACAAACAAUGGACUAUUGAUGGCAGAGUGGGAGCCAACUCCCCUUCAAUCAGAAUGGUAAACCAAAAUGUUAUGCAAAAAGCCCCAUGUUCUGUGGGUGUACUUGUUGACCGUGGACAGGUGGCCGGAAGGCAUUCGAUUUUGGGAGGUCAGUCCAUGUUCCAAAUCACUAUGCUAUUCCUCGGUGGUGCAGAUGACUGCGAAGCUCUAGCAUACACUAGUCGUUUGGUUGAAAAUCCACAAAUCGAACUCACUUUUAUGUGGCUUAGGCCAUGGGAUCACGUGAAGUAUGACGAUGAUACAGAGAAGACUAUUGAUACACAAUUGGUUAAUCAGUUCCGGGCGAAUACCAUUGGAAAUCAAAGGGUCAUUUACAAAGAAGAAAUGGUAAGCGAUGCAAUAGGAACGACAAAGGUGAUCAGAACAAUCGAGGACAGAUGUGAUUUGUGCAUAGUUGGUAAGUACCAUGAACCUGAUUCUCAGCUUUUACUAGGCCUUACUGAAUGGAAUGAAAGUCCCGAACUUGGACUCAUUGGAGACAUGUUAGCCACCUCGGAUUUUCGGUUUUCAGUUUUGGUAGUGCAACAACAGCCUCAAGAAGAUGAAUUUAUGGAGAAACAUCCUCUUCAGACAGUUUCUUGUAGUUACAGUACAUCAGGAAAAUAUAGUCUAUCUUCUCUUAAUGAAGAUUCAUGUCAUUCCAAAUUUUAA